GUGUGACGUCAUAGAGCUGCGCCGCGCUGCAGCGUCUGUUGCCACUCGGCUGGAGAAAGAGUGUCCAAUCACAAACUUUCCUGCUGAAGAGGCUGAGAUCCACGUGACACACUUUUAUAAAGAUGGAGUUUAUUAAAGAGGAGAGUGAAGAUUUGAGGAUUGAAGAAACAUUCAGAGUCAGACAUGAAGAUGCCCAGGCACACACAGAUGUUCCAAAAUCUUGUCCAGCCAAACUUCGCGUAAUUCUUCAAGACCAUGAUAUUCGCAAACUUGACUUGCCUCAUGGAAUCCCUGGAACUGUGAGUGAACUUGAGUCUGUUAUGAGGAAGACAUUUGGCCUUAAUGGGAACUUUACUUUGCAUUAUAAGGAUGCUGAUUUCGGAGAGGAAUAUUUUUCUCUUACCUCAACAAGUGACAUCAAGGACAAGGACACAGUUAAGGUGAUCCACAUUGUUGAACCUCCCACACUUACGCUGACUUUUACUGAUGUGGAGAGUUCCAUUAAAAGUGCAUCAAAGACCUGCAUCCAAACCUCAGUCCACACUUCAGUGACCGACAUCUACCCUUCUAUCAGCAGUUCCAAUUCUGGAUCGCAGGAUACACCGAUUCUUUCAUUAUCUGAACACAAGACUCAGCGUUCACAGCGUUGGCCUUCUGAAUUCCCAGUACCUCGCUUUGCCUAUGAUACAGAACUUGUGCUUGCCACAGCAAGUGAAGCUUUCAAGAAGAAUGGAAUUCAACUCAACUUUACAUCAAUCCUUCCAGACAUCCUAGAGAAACUGGCUGAAAACAUCUUUCAGUAUGUUGCCUACCCAACAAGCGCGCAGUUGUCUGAUGUUGCAGAGGCGCUGAUUCAGAAAUAUCCUUGUCUUAAAGAACCAGGCUCAUAUAAUGGAUGCUAUGGAUGGCGACAGAGACUGAAAUAUAAAAUGGGCAACUACAGAGCAAAGCUGAGAGGACUUGGAUGCCUUGAACUCGAUGUUAACUCGGUCAAAAAGAAGCGCGCACAUGAAAAAGCACCUGCAAAAAAUAUCAAAAAGCCAAGAAAGGCAGAGGUGAACUUUUUGCCCCCUCACCCUCUAGGAGAAACCGAGGAAAGCUUGGAACAUCAAAGGGUGGAGCUCCUUAAUGAAAUGAAGAAGAAUAUGAACUAUCAGAUCAUCAGUGAAAAAAUGGCAAAGACAUUCUCUAUUCGCAGGCAGGAAAUUGUCAGUCAAGCAAUACCAGUCAAUGAUAUAAAAUACAGAUGGCCUGCUCUUUUUCAUGCAGCUCAGAUAAAUGAAGAAUUCGAAAGGAUCACCACUGUUAAUCUGGAGGCAAUGUUCAUGGCAAGACUGGACCAAUACUCUCCUAAAAUAAUGUCCUUGGUGUUGUCAAGAGGACAGUCUUCAAAAAUGAGUAUUCAUCGUAUUAAGAACAUGCUGCUAGAGGAUUAUUCUGUGGAAGGAAGGAGAGAAGCUACUAUCCGUUCAUUGGUGGUAUUUCUCAGAGAAAAUGAGGAAGAUCUGUUUAAAGAACAUUUGGAUGAUGGGGAUAUUGGCAAUGAAGAGAUGAAGAUUAUUAUAACUAGAGGUUCCACAAUGUUAGAACCAGCCAGAGCAACAAUUGUGAUUGAGGGAAUGGAAAUCCAGCAAGACCUGGACGUAGCCAGGGCCUGUGCAUUGCUAAUGGGACUUAUAUACGCACUCAACCUCAGCUACCCAAAAGAACUAAAAAACACUUUUGAGGCAUUUCAAAAGAUAUUCCUUGAGCUGGAUGAUAUGAAAGCUAGCCCGAAGGUAAUGUCUCUAAAAAACAAACUAUUAAAACUGUAAAGAAUUAGGUUGCUGUCAUCAAAUUCAAGUACAAUUACAGCAGUUGUAUGCUUGACAAGUAGCGGUUUAUUUGGAACACCUAGAUAAAAUUAAUGUUUAAAAAAAAAAAUCAACAGCGUUAGUUUUAGCUUGGUGGACAACCAGUGUUGUUGAAAUUUAUUGUUUUCAGUGUUCUUUUUUGGAAGUAAAACCACAUAUUUACUCACAAAAGAGCUUGGGAAACAUAUUUUUCUCAUGGUUUGUGCCAUUUGAUUCAUUUUUGGCAACACUAAAUCUAUGGAUAUUCCUAUUCAGAUAUGUUUUAAAGCACUGGAUUCAGUUCAGAGGAUCAAAAUCCAUGUUCUUAAAUUGAACAUGUUGUUUUAUUUUGUUUAAGGGAAACCUGGAAAUUGUUUUAAAUAUAUUUUUUUGUUUGUGCAUAGAUAUGUUCACGAUUACCAAAUUAUUUGGACCAAACAAAAGUUGCCAUAAGUUUUAUAUUAAACAACUGUUUAAACUGGAAUUGCUAUGUUUUAUUUGUUCUUGCUAAAGUGAAAUAAACACUAAGUAAAUUUGGAGUAA